AUGGCGCUUAUACCUUCUCAGAUACUAAGAGUAGCGAUACUCUUAUCUUAUUUCUCCAUCAUCUGCAAUUACAAAGCCAUAGACAUGCCUGCACACCAGACAUACGGAGGCAGCUGGAAAUUUUUGACGUUCAUAGACUUGGUCAUCCAAGCUGUGUUCUUUGGUGUGUGUGUACUAACAGACAUCUCCAGCCUUUUGAUGAAGGGCACAGUCAGUGUGGAGCAGGAACGGCAGCUCCGGAAGCUGAUUGGUCUACGGGACUGGAUGAUGGCUGUUCUGGCUUUCCCUGUGGGAGUGUUUGUGGUGACUAUGUUCUGGACCCUGUACCUUUAUGAUAGAGACCUGGUGUAUCCAAGACUCUUGGACAAUGUUAUACCUCAGUGGCUGAACCAUGGAAUGCAUACAACAGUGCUACCUUUUAUCAUCAUUGAGAUGAGAACUACACAUCAUCUAUAUCCCAGCAGGCUGUGUGGACUCUUGGCUGUAUGCAGUUUUGCAGUAGGAUAUGUUCUAUGGAUGUGUUGGGUACAUAAUGUGACCGGGGUCUGGGUGUAUCCACUGCUGGAACACAUUGGCACCACAGCCAAAGUUUUCUUCUUCAUCUGCCUCACAGCACUUAUCAGCCUCUACUAUGUCAUGGGGGAAAUCCUCAACAACUAUAUCUGGGAUGCCUCAAAAAGUGCUGUAGAGUCCAGGAAGGAUAAAGGGGACUGAGUUAUUCACCAGUGCAAUUCAUUGAUCAUCUUAAGACUGUUCUCACAAUUCCACAUCCCUUUGUUUUGAGAGUAAAUCUGAACUGAACAUUAAAGCUGACA